AUGGUCCAGCAUCUCUUUUUGUCAGCAGAACUGAGCAACGUGACCGAUCUAAGGCCACAGGACUCGGUUUCCCAGCCUUUCGAAUACAGCUUCAUCAUCCGGUGCAUAAACUGCCGUGAGGUGCACAGCAAGCCAAUCACAGUGAACCUCUACGAAAGAUACGAGACCGGCGACUCAAAGGGAGACGCCAGUUUUGUCAGCUCGUGUACGUUCUGCAAGUCCAAAUCGCAGCUGUCGAUCAAGCUACCAUCGAAGUUCAAAGGGUAUUCGCAGGACGAUAGUGGCCAACGUGUGAAGAUGCUAGAGAUCGACGCGAGAGGCUACGACGUGGUGGAGUACGUGGCAGACGGUCCGUUUGUAUGCAAGGGUUCAGAAAGCGGUUGUGAGUUCAAGGAGGUAUUGCUAGAGGACACAGAAUGGUACGACUACGACGACGAAGCGGCCCAGGAAACCUCCAUCACCGACGUGAAAUGGGAGAUAGCAAAAAAGUAG